AGCCAGCAGUCCUCCUUACCCAGUUCCUGUUUCCGCCUUCAGUCUUCAGACAGUUUACAACUCAAAGCAUCAUGGUCAGGCUGAAUAUAGACCUUGAAGAAAUGCGAGCUCAGUGAGAUAAAGCCAGGAAGAAGUUGUCCUCUGAAGUCCCAAGUGAGGAUUCUGUGAGGCUUCUAAAAAAGGCUUCCGUUUCUACUUGUUCUACAGUCAGUCGACGUACAUGGGGGAGCUGAGAGAAGCAGGCAUCUGAUCCAGGAUUCUGCAGACGUAACUGGCAACAUCCACUGAGCGCUCCUCACACAUCAACACCAGUGAGAGCCAGAGAGACUGAGCCAUCUGUCAGUCAGUCAGUCAGAGGACUGCAGAGACACGGAGGGUGACACCAGUGAGAGCCAGAGAGACUGAGCCAUCUGUCAGUCAGUCAGUCAGAGGACUGCAGAGACACAGAGGGUGACACCAGUGAGCUGACCAGACUACCAGAGCCCGGAUCAGCACAAGCCCAAUCCAGCCUUGCCCAGAGAGGGCCCACCCAGGAGGGAAGACCACAACAACGGACCUCAACCCAUCCUAACCCCCUUCAGGAACCCUAGCCAUGCAUUAACUAACCCCACCUGGACUACACUCACCUCCUCCGUUCUCCCUCCACCCUACUCCCUCCAUCGCCAUUCUCACCAUGCUUCAGAGCCUAUUGUGACGGGAAUACUGCUCACCCCCCAAUCCCUCACCCCUCCACCCCAGCCCCAGAGGCCCCAGAGGGGUGAAAGAUGCGCCCAUGGGCAGGUUCGUGGCGCUGGAUUAUGCUGGUGCUCCUGGCGUGGGGCACACUGCUGUUCUACAUCGGGGGACACCUCGUGAGGGACAGCGAGCAUCCGGAGAGAUCCAGCAGAGACCUGUCCAAGAUCCUGGCCAAGCUGGAGAGACUGAAACAGCAGAAUGAGGACCUGAGACGCAUGGCUGAGACACUCAGGUUACCAGAGGGUCAGUCAGACGGGAGCCAGGUGGUGAGCGCAGGGAGACUGCGGACCCUGGAGGAGCAGCUGAUCAGAGCUAAAGAACAGAUCAACUCCUAUCGUAGCCUGCCUGGAGAUGGGCCAGGUAGAAACCAGGAGGAGCUGCGGAGGAAAAUAGAGAAUGGGGUCAAGGAGAUCUGGUACUUUGUCCGCAGUGAGGUCAAGAAGCUGGGUCACAUGGAGCAGGGAGACCUGCAGAAACACAUUGACACAUUGUUGCAGGAGCUGGGACACCAGCAGAGGUCAAUCAUGACUGACCUGCACUACCUGAGCCAGGCUGACGGAGCAGGAGACUGGAGAGAGAAGGAGGCCUCGGACCUGUCUGACCUGGUACAGAACAGGAUCACGUACCUCCAGAACCCCCAGGACUGCUCCAAGGCAAAGAAGCUAGUGUGUAACAUCAACAAGGGCUGUGGCUACGGCUGCCAGCUGCACCAUGUGGUCUACUGCUUCAUGAUCGCCUACGGCACCCAGCGCACCCUCAUCCUGGAGUCCCAGAACUGGCGCUACGCCACGGGCGGCUGGGAGACCGUCUUCCUCCCGGUCAGUCAGACGUGCACCGACCGCACCGGGGUCACCACCGGACACUGGUCAGGUGAGGCUAACGACAGAGACAUCCAGGUGGUAGAGUUACCUAUCGUUGACAGUCUCCACCCCCGCCCCCCCUACCUUCCCCUGGCCAUCCCAGAGGACCUGGCCCAGCGCCUCCACCGGCUCCAUGGAGACCCAUCCGUGUGGUGGGUGUCUCAGUUGGUCAAGUACCUGAUCCGGCCCCAGGCCUGGCUGGAGAAAGAGAUCCAAGAUACCACCGCCAAACUGGGCUUCAGCCACCCCAUCAUAGGGGUCCAUGUGCGGCGGACAGAUAAGGUGGGGACAGAGGCAGCCUUCCACCCUAUAGAGGAAUACAUGGUUCAUGUAGAAGACCACUUCCAACAUCUGGCUAGACGCAUGCUGGUGGACAAGAAGAGAGUCUACCUGGCCACCGACGACCCCUCACUACUAAAGGAGGCCAAGGCUAAGUACCCAGACUAUGAGUUCAUCAGUGAUAACUCCAUCUCGUGGUCUGCGGGGCUCCAUAACCGCUACACAGAGAACUCACUGAGAGGAGUCAUCCUGGACAUUCACUUCCUGUCCCAGACCAACUUCCUGGUCUGCACCUUCUCCUCACAGGUGUGUCGUGUGGCCUAUGAGAUCAUGCAGACCCUCCACCCGGACGCCUCGUCUCACUUCCACUCCCUGGAUGACAUCUACUACUUCGGGGGCCAGAACGCCCACAACCAGCUAGCCGUGUACGCCCACCAGCCCCGCAACUCCGACGACAUCCCCCUAGAGCCCGGAGACCUGAUCGGGGUGGCGGGGAACCACUGGGACGGAAACUCCAAGGGCAUCAACCGCAAGACGGGCCGUACCGGCCUCUACCCGUCCUACAAGGUGAAGGAGAAGAUUGAGACCGUCAAGUAUCCUACGUACCCCGAGGCAGACAAGAUGCUGAAUCAGUAGAGAGAGACUGAGAAAGACUGAGAUACAGACUGAGAUACAGACUGAGAUACAGACACACACUGCUCACUUAUGAGAGGAGAGAGACCCUCAGCCCGAUAGAGGGAACGAGAGGGAAAGCACUUUGAACGAGUGGUGGUGUUGGUCGGUGGAAGGGUUUGCGUGUGUGAGUAUGAGUGUGUUCAUGCUUGCUUGCAUGUGUGCACGUGCGUGUGUGUGUGACAGAGAAGUAUCUACAGGGUAUCUCACAUACUCCUCACCCUCCUGACCCUCAGGGACUAGGACCCUCCAGUGACUCCCUCCAUCAGGAUGGUUAAUAAAAGACUACAAUGAACGAAGGAACGAAAUAAUAAACGACAAGAAGAAAUAAACAAGAAGGAUAGCACUCCGGUGUAAUGAUGAAGGAAUUGUCCAACCGCAGCUCUUUAUUUAAAUAAUAAUUGAAAUAACUGAGAAACCUCAGAAUGAUGACUGAAACGAAGAACUAUAAAGAGAACCAACAAACAAACUCUUGACUUUCUCCUCUCCUCCUGUGCUGUUCUCUGUUCUCUUCUCACUUCUCUUCUCUUCUUGUGGACAUUGACUGCAUCGACCUCUCCUUCUUGUUGUAGCCAAAUGUUUUCCUCCCUCUUUCCUUCCUUCCUCUCCUUCCUCUCCUUCUCUUACUCCUUUCUUCACUCACUCCAUUUCAACUUACGCAUCUUUUCUUUUCCAUUUGCUAUGAAUUUUUCCCUUCCAAAAAGUGAUUUAAAUUUUUUUAUUGUUAUUGUUGGUGUGUGUGUGAGAGCAUGCUCGUGUGUGAGCUUUAGAGCGUGUGUGUGUGUGUGUGUGUGUGUGUUGUGUGUGAGUCCAAAUAUGGUGCCUACAAAGGAAAAUGGCUUCUGUACGUCUUCUCUCCAACUGUCUCUGUUAGUGUCAAAGUGACGUCAGAGCCGUAAGGACGCAGGCCUUGCCAUGUAGAAUACUGUACAUGCAGAUACAGUACAUGCAGAAUACUGUACAUGCAGAAUACUGUACAUGCAGAUACAGUACAUGCAGAAUACUGUACAUGCAGAUACAGUACAUGCAGAAUACUGUACAUGCAGAAUACUGUACAUGCAGAAUAAUACAUAUACAGAAUACUACAUGCAGAAUACUGUACAUGCAGAUACAGUACAUGCAGAAUACUGUACAUGCAGAUACAGUACAUGCAGAAUACUGUACAUGCAGAUACAGUACAUGCAGAAUACUGUACAUGCAGAAUACUGUACAUGCAGAAUAAUACAUAUACAGAAUACUACAUGCAGAAUACUACAUGCAGAAUACUACACGCCGAAUACUGUACAUGCAGAAUACUGUACAUGCAGAAUACUGUACAUGCAGAAUACUGUACAUGCAGAAUACUACAUGUAGAAUAAUGUACAGUACAUGCAGAAUACUACAUGCAGAAUACUGUACAUGCAGAUACUGUACAUGCAGAAUACUGUACAUGCAGAAUAAUACAUAUACAGAAUACUACAUGCAGAAUACUACAUGCAGAAUACUACACGCCGAAUACUGUACAUGCAGAAUACUGUACAUGCAGAAUACUGUACAUGCAGAAUACUGUACAUGCAGAAUACUACAUGUAGUAUAAUGUACAGUACAUGCAGAAUACUACAUGCAGAAUACUGUACACUCCGGUCCGGACUCACUUAACUAUGUUUUACUCAUUUUCUGUUGUUAAUGUCCUUUUUAAAAACUUUUUUAAUGUUAUUGAAUUCUAAAGGAAAAAAUGCAAAAUGAAAAGUGACGAAAUUUUAAAUGAUUACGAACAAUGAUUAUUAACAAAUAAUGAAAAAACUAUUGAUGAAGAUGAUGAUGAUGUCUAUGACUAUUGUCAUAACAGAGUUAUGUCCACCAUGAAGCAAUGUUCAUAUUUGAAGUUUCUGGGCAUUGUCUUUGAUAAAAGCAGAUCAAAUCAA